AUGAAGUAUCUGGUCCUCACUGGGGGUGUGGCCUUGUUGGCCUUUAUCUUCUUGGUCCCGCUCAUAAUUUGCUGGUCAAGCAAGACAGAUGGCAAGGCCCAAAAAAGCCAGCUAUGCAAUUCAGUCCAUCUUCUAAUCGUCCUGGGCAGUGGAGGUCAUACGGAGGAGAUGCUCUCUAUGUUAAGACAUGCUGAGCUAGACCCAGGCGUGUAUGUCAGACGUACAUACAUAGUCGGCUCUGGGGACUCCUUCAGCGCCAGGAAAGCCAGGGAAUAUGAGAAAAGCAUUGAAAGCAGUGGACAAACCAGCAAAGAUGAGAGUGGGAACAGCAACUAUACCAUCAUCACAGUCCCUCGUGCAAGGAAAGUCCAUCAAUCCUUCCUGACUGCGCCGUUGUCUACGUUGCAAUGCUUCGGAUUCUGCAUGCUGGUGCUCAUGGGCAGACAUCCCGAUCAACUCACUCUCACCGCCAGCUCAAGUUCUGCUCCCCCUGGAUACCCUGACAUCAUUCUUACCAACGGGCCUAGCACGGGAGUCUGCGUGGUUGUGGCCGCCCGACUUCUCCGCCUGUUCGACCAACUGGUAUGCCGUAUCCUGCCACAAGCCGGAUCAGAUAUACCUCCCACCCUUUCCAAGUCGACGCCCAAGUUAGCUACCUCCUCUAUCCCUAAGUCCCGUUCCUACUCCGAACUUCGAGCUCAACGCCGUGGAACCAGGCGAUAUCUACGGACGAUAUUCAUCGAGUCAUGGGCUCGCGUGACUACCGUCAGUUUAUCGGGAAAGAUACUCUUCCCCCUCGUCGACCGGUUCCUGGUGCAGUGGGAAGGUCUAUCUGGUUACUCAGGAUGGUUUGGAUUUGGUAGAAAGGCCGAAUAUGUUGGGACGUUGCUGAGCUAG